CGUUGAAUGAUUAAUUAAUUAAAUUGACGAACGUUUAAGCUCGCGUUACCGAUAAUUCGCUCGUCACUUCAAUUUUCUAUAUUUGAUUAUAUAUAUGACUUUUAAUUUUAAAAAAAAAUAUUGUUUUGUUGACAAAUGAAGCUAAAAAUUUGAUAGAUUAAAAAAAAAAUAUUUUAAUAAUGCACAAAGGUGAGAACAGCGCUGGCUCAUCUUCAAUGACACAACGAGGUCAAGAUGAACGAUGAUGGAACGACUGGAGUCUGAACAAAAUAAAAAUAAAAAUAAUAACAAGGGAGACAACCGUUAUUAAAUAACUCCUAACUCUCCAUGACCGAACGAGAGAAAGAGAAAGGGAGAAAGUAAAUGAGAAAGUAUAACAGCAGAUAACGAUACACAACACGUUAUUUGAAGAAGACAUUUAUAAUGGUGAUGUACUGUGUUACUAUUGUUAAUAGUGUAUAGCUUCGUUGUUUUUUAUGUGAAGAGAAGUAGAAAGGAAAAACAUCCUUGAUAUGACCCGUUUGUUGAUUAAGGUUAUGUAUUAUGGACCGAUUUGCACAACAUUGGACCACUAACUUUACGCUGUCAAAUCCACAUGUCAUUUGACUGCGGCCAUACUGGAGCACCACCUUUAGUCGAGCGAAUCGACCCCCAGGACUUAUUCUUUGCAGCUUAUAAAGAAAUGGUUCCAAUAAUUGUUUAAUUAGAUGUGAUAUCGUGGAAAGAUUUUGGUAAUCAAACCCCUGCUGAAAGUUUCGACUAAAUACCAAAGAUGUCAUCCCACAGCCAAGUAUCAGAGCAACUAUUGACCUAUUUGGAGACAAAAAGUAAUGGUCGAACUGUGCUUACUGUUCCAGAUGGCAAAUACAAGGGUUGGCUACCCAAGUCUUUGUACUCCUUGGAGCUGGAUGAACUCUAUCUCCCAUUUAUGCGAUUGUACACCUUCCCUGUACGCGGCAGUAGUCUAGGUUCUCUAACUAGCUUAAAAGUUUUCCAUGCUGUUGGCAACUACCUCCAAACUAUUCCAAACUGUUUUACUCAAAUUUCUGAAUUACAGAAAUUAAACCUUAGUUAUAACAACCUCUCAGAGCUAUCACAGUCUAUUUUCAAACUAACCAGUUUGGUUGAGCUAAACCUGUGUGAGAACAGCGUUGAAAGGCUACCGCCGGAAAUCGGAGAGCUUAAGAAUCUGCGCCAUCUGAAUAUCGGUGGAAAUCUGUUGUCCGAAGUUCCGGAACAAAUGAGUCAAUGCAAGAAGUUGCAGAUUCUUAAUCUGUCUGGAAAGUGGAGUCCGCGAGGUGGAUUACGGACAUUACCAACUUCAGUGUGCAAUUUGCCAGAACUGCUCACCCUUGACUGCAGUUGGCACCAAAUUGACACACUCCCUGAUGAAAUUGGCAAUUUAAAAAAGCUGAAAAUUCUCAGCUUGCGUGGAAAUCACUUAAAAUAUAUAUCUAAAAAAAUUGCUGAUUGUACUAAUUUGCAAGAACUUCAUCUUACUGCCGCUAUGCGGUUUAUUCCUAAAAUACCUGUAGCUUUGCUUAACCUCAAGAGUUUAGUUAAACUGAAUAUAAGUGGCAAUUAUUUUACUACAAUACCUCCUGAAAUUAGUGGAUUAGAAAAUUUGAAAGUAUUUCUCAUGCAGAAAAAUGCUUUACUCCAAUUGCCUGAAGAAUUCUUCAAUCUUCAGCAGUUGGAGGAAAUUGAACUGUCAGACAAUUAUCUUGAAACAAUUCCUGGUAGUAUUAGAAGGCUUCAUGUUUUACGGAAAUUGAGUGUGUGCAAUAAUAAACUAAAAUUUUUGCCUAAUGAAAUAUCUAGUUGCCAGUCGCUUCAGUCACUCAAUUUAGCUCACAACUUGCUUGAAGAAAUUCCGGACACGUUCCACCGACUUGACAACUUAGACUUUUUGAACUUGACAGAGAACAAACUCAAGCGCUUGCCUCUCCUCUUAGACCAGCUUACUGGCCUUGAAAAAACAAAUGGCAUUUUCUUGCAAGGCAAUUAUUUGAUAAAACCACGGCAGGAAAUAUGUGAUCAAGGUGUGGGGGCAUUGUUUAAAUACUUGAAAGAAAUUCGAGUUAGUGAGGCAAACCAUCGGAGGAAGAUGAUUCUUACUGGUGCUGUGAAGGCUGGAAAAACUAGCUUACGAAAUGCAUUGCUUUUGGGCCGAUCACGAUUAACUGCAGAUGAUGAACGGACGUGGGUAUUGGAACGCCAUCUCUGGGAACCUGAAGAAAGCUUACGGGUACAGAUUCUUGAUUUUGGUGGGCAUCAUAUUUAUUCUGCUGCUCAUCAUAUGUUUCUUACCUCAGAAGCUUUGCACAUUCUUGUUUUUGAUCUGAAUGUGUUUUCUUGUGAUCCUGAAUCCUAUGACUUUAGGAUUGGAGACUGGCUGGAAGGAAUUCUGGACAGAGCACCAGGAGCAUCUAUUCAGUUAGUUGGAACUCACGCUGAUCUUUGUAAUGAGAAUGAAAUAGCAGAGAAGAAAGCUUACAUCCUGGAGAAGAUGCAUUCUGAAGAGAACACAAAAAUUGAUAAUCUUUUUAUGGAAAUAAAUCAGCUGAAAGAGAAGUUAGAUAGUACACAGAAACAAGACACUGGCAAGAGUGGUUUUUCAGAUUUUGAUGUUGAACGAGAUUCUGAGAAAGUUAGUCACCUGCUGCGUAUGGUAAAUACUCGAGUGAAAUUACCUGAUGAUAUUUCAACAGUCAGUUGUGCAGAUGAUCUUGUUGGCAUUAAUGAAUUUGUUGAUAGAGUCAUCACUACAUUGAAAGAAUCAGAACAGCGGCCUCUUCCAAAGUCUUGGUAUAGUUUCUUAAUUGAGCUGCAGCAACGAGAAGAGAAAAUACUUCAUUGGAAUGAUACAUUAAAGAUUUUUACUGAUCUCAUGAAAAGCUUAGGCCAGUCAAUGAUUAGCAUGGAAGGGUCUCCUGAAAAAAGUUUACAAGUUAUUUUAAAAUAUUUUCAUGCAACUGGAGAAAUCAUUUGGUACUAUGACAAUCCUAAGCUCAAUCAGCUUGUAUUCCAUCGACCAGAGACACUGAUUGAUAUGUUGCGCUCAAUAUUUCGGCAUGAUUUUGAGGAUAUUAUGGUGUAUCAUCGGCAUUUGGGCUUGAAAGUGAACAUGACUGAGGAACAAUUUAGAAAUGCCAAGCAACUUUUCCUUCAUGAAGGAAUGAUGUCAGUUGAACUUCUUCGCUAUACUCUUUGCCACUUUCAACUUGAUGUCAGUGCUCUUGAGACAUUUACCUCACUCAUGUUAAAGUUUGAUCUUUGCUAUGAGAUACCCAUUAAUGAGAUUAAUGUCUCGUUACUGGACUACACCCGAUUACUUUUAUUUCCUUGGUUCUUACCUGAUGUCUCACCAGCAAAUCUUGUCUCAAAGUGGCCUGCUCAGGUCCCUAAGGACACUGUACAGCUCACAAUUCAGUUUCAAUUUCCAAAGAAGGGUCCACCAAAUUUCUUUGAAAAAGUAUCUGUUCGUUUUCAGAACUAUGUAUCUUACUGCGAUGGUUGGCGCAAUGGUAUCUAUGCUAGAUACAAUUUGAGUAAAUGUUUGCUGCAGAAAGAAAAGAAAGAAUUGAAUGGUCAAAAUAUGAUGCUAGUUACUCUGUCUGUACGAGGCAGUGACAUGCAAGAACUCUGGGGUCUCAUUCACGCAUCUUGGCACGACAUGCUUGGUCUUCUACAUGAGUGGCCAUUUGCACUUGUUGAAAUAAAACUACUUUGCUCGCAUUGCAUCAUGACAGGUAAUGAGGAACCAUACCAGUUCUCAGGGAAAGUUUUGGAACGUCGCUGCCCCAAGGGAGUCUACCACGUGCAGUGCCCUAAUCAAAAAGAUUGUCCCAUCCCUGCUUGUUUUGUCUACUUCCUUGAUCCAGAAUUCCAAGAAGACUUACCAAAGCAUAUUCAGACCACAGUUGAUUUCAUGCACAGGUGCAAUAUCUUGAUGCAAACCAUGGAUGAUAUUGAUGGAUCUUCUGCCAAUACUGGCCUGCUGAGUGAUCUGGGUUUAAGGUAUUUGGCUGCCAAACUUGGCAAAGAUUGGUUUGCAGUUGGUCUCCAGUUGGGCUUACAACAAGCUGACAUUGAAAGAAUCCAACUUGACCAUCCUUCUGACUCUUUCAAGCAAAUUUUUACCCUCUUAGUUCUGUGGAGGGAUAACAACAGGGAUAAUUCCAAUAGAAUUGCAGAACUACUAGACGCCCUGCGAAUCAGUGAGCUGAAUGCGAUAGUGGCAGAGCUAAAGAAUAAAUAUGCCAUUGAGGACAGUUAAUCCAGGACCAACUGUAGAGAAGUUAACCAAGUUGAUUUGGUGGUUUUUUGGCCAUCAUUGAGAAGUAGACAGAAGAGAGAGAGAGAGAGAAAUGAAGAGAGAGGGAAAGCAAGAGAGGGAAAGGGAAGGUGAUGACUGACAAUACUUGUGAUUUAUUACAUACAUGUUUAUACACACACACACACAUACACACACACACAUACACACACACACACACACACACACACACACACACACACGCUCUUACUCUGCCAUACAUAGUGAGCACAUAAUCACAAUGAAUUCAGGUUAUAUAUGCAGCUGUGGAAGACAAGCAAAAUUUUGGUUUUUUCCAUCAAAAAAAAAACCUGAAAAACAUUUUGCUAGAGAUUUAUUUUUUACAAAAUUUUAUUUAUUUACUUUUUCCUAUGAUCUUUGUCAUUUUCUGGGUUUGAGGAAUCCAAAUUGGAUUCGAGGGUUGGUUAUGUGUUUUUCCUUUUUGGGAUGGAACAAUUUUUUUUAAACAUUUUGUUUCUUUUCCCUGUUUUUCUUUUAUUCUUUUCCUCAGUGCACUUUUUGUGCUUGUAUAUAAGAACAUAAACCUGAAGAUCAAUAUUGUAUUGUUUUGCUUCCUUUUGAUAGUAUGACCUUAAUUCAAGGAGAAUGGACUGCCAGAGUCGGUAGAGCAAUGGACUAAAUGCCUUGUCAUAGUUAGUUACAUCCCUUUAUAUUUUGAGUUCAAAUCCUGCCGUGGUCAACUUCAUUUUUUAUCCUUCCAGGCUUCAUGAAACAAAGUUCUAGUUAAGUAAUGGUGUGUGUAUGUGUGUGAAUUGAAAUCAUUAUGCCCCUGCCUCUUUAAUUUCUAGCCUUGUUCUGCCAAUUGUAGAACUUAAAUGUUAUGACUAUAUUUCUGUCAAUCACCAAAGAACAGAGUCACUCUCCAUGCAAGGCAAGUAUGCCACUCUAUUUCAUUUUCUGAUUCUAACCAAUUCCUUUCUUCAUAUGUAUCAAUAAUGAUUCUCGCAUGAAGAGCAUGAAUAUUAUAGCACAAUCUCAUUUUAUUCUUCUCCAUUGAUGAAAGCCUUCUGCCUAUGUUAGCAGUCAAUUUAAGGUCAAUGUUCUUUUAAGAUUUAUGAGGUGAGGUGGGGUGGGGUAUAACAAAUCAAACACUGUCAGCUGUAUAAAAACCUGCAUGUGUGUGUGUGUGUACAAGCAUGUAUAGGAGGUGGGUGAGGUACAGAUUCUGUUAUGUGUUUAUGUGAUUAUUAAAAUAUGCUCUAGUAAUGCAAUGGUGUUAGGUCACCUGAUCAUUUACAUAUGAAGAUGAUCUAGGAGUGGCCCAAAAGAGUAAUUAGAAGCAUUAUGCAUAUCUGUACAUUUGUAUGAGUGUUGUGUCAUUAUACAUACACACACAUAUAUAUGUAUCUAUAUAGUUUAUAUAUGCACAUACUACAUGUAUACAUAUAUAUAUAUACUACAUAUGUAUGUAUGUGUAUGCAUUCACAAAUGCAUAUGUAUAUAUCAGCAUAUAUAUAUUAAAACCAGUUGUUUUUCAGUUUUAAUUUAUUAGACAUUAUAUUUUAGAUAUUAUAUAACCUGCUUAUAAUGCUACUAACCUUGAGAAGGGCAUGAAUGCCACACAAACUUACCUCCUGUCUUCUUAUGAACCAAUGUAAAAAAUCAAAAUUAAGAUCAUUGUUUUUGUUGCUUUUUUUGUGUGUGUGCUGUUUGCUGUUUCUCUCAGAAAAUAGUGUUUCCUCAUUCUCUGUAUCCUCAGCAGUUGUCAAGGGCUGUGAGUUGGCAGAUUUGGUACAGUGUUGGACUCUGUUUUAGCUGUACAGAGGCAUGUUCCUUUUUAUGAUUUGAUUUCACAUCCCACCGAAGUUGACUUUGCCUUUGAACCUUCUUUGAAUGAUAAAAUAAGGUUCCAGUUAAGUACUUGGCAAGGAAUGGUGUAUCAAUAUAAAUGACUGUUCCUUCUCCUAUAAAUUUGUGGCCUUGUACCUAUAUUAGAAAUGAAUAUUAUGAUUUGUGUAUGUUAAUUUUUCCUCCCCCCCCUUCCCUGUUCUGUUAAUAUUAUAUGCUUUGGAAUGUGAUAUCUUCAAGUUGACCAGCCAUGCUUUACCUCCAAAGUGAAGCUGCUCUAUAUACGCAAAAAUCUGUGUGUAUGUGUGUAAAUCUGUGUAAAUGGCUAAUGAUAUCUCAUUCUUUUUUAUUCCUAUACAUAUGUGUGUUUAAUAUUUCUUGUAUCAUUUUCUCUGUUUCUCUGUCAGUUGCUCUCCUUGAAUACAUGUGUCUCCUAUCAUUAAACCAUUUAUUUUUGCAUUUUAAAAUUGAAUUAUUUCCUCACCCUACUCUAUCUCCUACUCAUAUUUUUUAUCUGUCCCUUGCUGAUUAAAAAACUAUUGAAUCUUGAAAAAGAACAAGGCUCUAGUAGAAAGAUUUGAAUGAAAGUAAUAGUGAUACUACCCAUAAAAAUGUUUAUAAUGAUAAUACUUUGGAUAAAUUUGUGUGAAAAUCAUUUAGGAGAACCAUGAAGUUCAGUGUAAAGGGAAACGUUUUUCUCCUGAAAUUACUGCUGGAACUUUUGAGGGUUCUUUCUUUCUCUUCAUUUUUAUUUUGCCUCUGUUCUGAGAGGAAACCUUGAAAUUUAUUGCAAACAAAAGUUGAUUUAGUACUGAUUAUGGGUAACUAUCAGUAAAAAAAAAAAAAAAAAAAAAAUGACGAGGAUGAUGAUGAUUUAAUUUGUGUGAAACAAAAGUGAAAUAAAUUUCAGAGAUGCUUUGCUCCUCACAGAAACUGCAGGAGCAACUCAGAGGUUUUGCAAGCUUUCUAAUCUGUCAUGAUGUUGAAAAUCUUUCCAUAUUAUCUAAAGGUAUCUCAGGAUCACAAGCAUUUCACUCCAUAGCCUGUAUGCUUUGCCUGAGUGGGGUAGGCUUGUUAACAGGGUUUUCCAUUUUCUGUAUGUAUGCAUAGUGUAUUACUUCUUACUCUCUCUCUUUUUAUCUGUAAAUCAUUUCCUUUGGUUUCUACUGUUUUAAUCAAUAAGAAAUCUUUCUCUCUGUUUAAUUCUUCCUUUACUUUCUUUGCCACUUUAUAUGUCUGUCUGUAUAUGAAUCUCGUCUCUCCCUCCCUCUCUCUCUCUCUCUCUCUCUCUCUCCCUCCUUUUCUCACUCUCUCAUCGUUCUUAUGCCCAUUACAAAAUAUCCCUACUGACCCUCUUAGAAGAUGUAACAAACAAACACGGCGCCAUUUCAGCAUUCUCCUUAAAUCACUAUUAAACAUUUCAGUCCUCUUUGUAAAUUAUUUCCCUUGUAUCUUUAUUUGUUCCCUUAACGUGCAAUACCCAGUAUGUUUGAGCCCUGGCAAUAACAUGUGCCUGCCCAACAACCUACCUAAGUGUCUCUUCAUCUCUUACUUAGUGUAUAUAUACAUAUAUAUAUAAUAUAAUAUAAUAUAUAAUUAUGUAUGUAUGUAUGUAUGUAUGUAUGUAUGCAUGUAUCAAUCAUCAUCAUCAUUGUUUUAAUACCACCUUCUCGUGCUCGUGUGGGUUAGGCACAAUUCAUUGACACAGAUUUUCUGUGGCCAAUUGACUGUCCUAUCAUCAGCCAUUACCUCUUUCCAAGAAAAGGUAAUACUUCCCUAUGGCCAGACAUGUUUUCACAGAAGAUUGGAAACAAAAGGAUACCACUUGUGUGAUAGUGACAUUGGUUUACAACUAUUGUACAAUGUCAGGACAAGGACACACAAACAUAUACGUACACAUACAUGCAUAAAUAUUGUUAAGUAAGGUCUUAAAAGUUAUCAUGUCCUCUGAAGGUCAUAGGAAAAAAAAAUCACUGACUUUUCAUUGGGCUUUAUCUCUAUAAGUAUGGCAUAUUAUGUCAAUAUGAAACACACACACACACACACACACACUACACACAUACACAGACUCCUGGAUUAAGUUAGUCUUCUACACAAGAAUUAAGUACCAGCCAUAAGGAUUUUUGAGGCUUGGCUUAAAGGGGAUUGAGGAGGGAAAUGAUUUUUAGCUGAAAGAAAAUAGGGUUAUGUAUGCAUUGUCAACAACGUUUGUUAUCUGUUGCUCUCUUGGAUUCAUUAAGGAAACAAUACAAAUCAAAUUACUUAAAAUAACUAUGAUAAUAAAGUUGGGGAUGGUGAUGAUGAUGACUUUAGGAUAAUGACUUCCUUUCAUCAGACAUUAAUUAGAUCAACUUUUGUUUUUCAAUUUUCCACUGCGUCAUUGGUAUUCUAUGAAGUGUGGGAGGUAAUGAAUAAAUAGAUAAAUAAACAAAGUUGAUUCUGAUUGGAUUUGAACUUAGAAUAGGGAAAAUGGUGAAUUAGAGCUAGUUAGCAUAACUCAUUCCAGUCUGAUAUUGUAAUAUCUUAUUUUUAUUCUCUUUGGCCCCCCCUUGAUUCUUCAUAGUUGUGACAGCUAUGUGCAUGAUGCAUAAAACAUUUGCUCAUAUUCAUAUAAGUAUACGCACACACACACACACACACACACACACACACACACACACACACACACACACACACACACA